GACUGACAGCCGGCUCAAGGACACAAAUUGAUAUCAGGUGAGGCUGGACGGGGCGGACUGUCCUGCGAGCGCUCGAGCCUUUGUGGCGGCUGUCGAUGCGAAGGCAGAGGGGAGACGGCGUAGCAGCAGGGUGCCCUGAACGCAUCAGUAGAUCUCUGAGUAGAGCAAGUGUAUGCCACCCAUUCUCGCCUCUCUCCGGAUGGACACCGGACAUGCCCCCUCUCCGCCUUCCAUGGUGGCGGGCCCUUCCCCGCUGUGGCGGCUGGCCGAGAGGAGGAGCAGGAAGGCCGGCUCGGGGAACAUUUUCAGCGACGUGAAUCUGUGGCAGCUCCAGAGGCUGUUCAGGGCGGCCGGGGACCAGGAUGCGGAGCAGAGGGCCCAGUUGGUUUGGGGGCACGGGGAUGAGGCAGAGCUGGCCCAGGCCUUGAUAGGACUGAGGGCCCGAGGUCACAGGAGAGGGCUGAGGUCUAACGGGAGGGACGCACUGGGCUCACACUGGCUACGAGCCUUCAAUCACCUCAGGAUUGGGGAGAGCUCGACGGGCAGCCAGAGGAAGGACCCCGGGGAGGAGAGCGACCCUGAGGCGCAAAGCAGUCCAGAUCCACACCGACACACCUCCGCAGGGACGACAGGCAGAGGCACAGGGGCCACGGCGGUACUGACUGAGAGCCAGGGCCCCACAGGGACUUCUGAGAGACCAGCGAAAAACAGCUCGGGACUGAGGAGAGGAGGCGAGAACAACCCAGAGAGAUACCUCCACAGAAUACUCCACUGACCUCUGAGAUGCAGAGGCUGACUUUAAAAUCUGUCCGCCUGAGAGCUCACCAGCAUUAACAGCCUGCACAGCCCGAUCGCCCCUCCAAGGGAACCAUUCUGUUGUGUUCAGAUCCUGGAGCGAGGCUGAAAUAACUCGACAGCUUUGCAGUAACACGCGAAACUGUUUGAGGUUGACAGAGUAGAAUAAUGACACUGAUUAGACGCCAAUUUAGUGGCACUUCCUGCAGGCACGUCUUCACCUGAAGUGCGGCACACAAACCUCUGACUGGCUCCUGGAUCUCUGCAUUUAGUGGCUGCAUCUCAGGAACUGCCUUAAACACUCACACGUACUAUGCACACUGAUUAUUAUGGACAGUGAUGUGUCUGUUUUAAGUGGUGUAGCUCAAAAAGUGAAGAAGUUAAUAACCAUGAUCACUGUUCCGCAAAUGACUUUCAAAAUCGUCAUUUGACCGUUUUUAUUAGGAGGAAAUAAGCAAUAUCAUAAUGUGAGAGUGUACUUCUCAACUCUCACAUCUACCUCCUUCACCACAAAAAGCCACAUAUUUACAGUGUGAGAAGAUAUACUGUGCGUGUAUAUUCUUCAAAAUGUAUUUUUUGUUGUUGUUGUCACACUAAUUUAAGUGUUAAAACCAAGACAAGCUUUAGGUUUUCCUGCAUGUGUGUUAGCUUUGUCGCUCUGCAAACACUACAGAAUGGUAUGUCAGGUGUCCAAACACGCGUCGCUGCACAUGUCGAGCUGAAACUUCAGGAUUUUGAUCACAGUUGCACCGUGAGCUGAAAGCCAGUCACAGGUUCGUAGCCCCUGGAAGUGUCAGGUGGCCAACUCUGCCAAGGGACCAGAAAUGAUAGAUAAUAUCUGCAGGGCACCGGCACAUGAGAGAGAAUAACCCCUCGCUGCGCAGAGAGGGAGAAAACUUGAAACAGUAGUGUUUUUAUUAAGAUAUUCAUGGCAACAGUGUGAAAACCCUGCGGUGCUGAUGAAAGACUGUCUGCCACCAACUUUAUGCGACGGCUGGAAUCUUGAUGAAGCAUUUUGGUACUGUCUGAUGUGUGGUUUUUUUUAGAUUUAUGGUAAUAAAGACAUCAGUCUUUGUAUUA